AUGGGCCAGGUCCAGGGGCACAAAGGCUUCUAGUUCCAAAACUGGGUGAAAACCUACUGCUGCUGCCUGGAGAUGUACUACCAGUCGGCAUCGGUGGAGGAGGUCCGAGAGGUGCUGGCCCUAGCCAGGCAACAGAACAAGCGCGUGAAGGUUGUGGGCAGAGGCCACUCCCCCUCCGACAUUGCCUGAACAGAGGGCAUCAUGAUCCACAGGGGCAAGAUGAACCGGAUCCUCCAGGUGGACAAGAAGAAUAAGCAGGUGACGGUGGAGACUGGCAUCCUGCUGGCUGAGCUGCACUCGCAGCUGGACAAGCACGGCCUGUCCCUGUCCAACUUCUCCUCUCUCGUCUCCGCCAACGUUAAUGAGAAUUUGUUCCGCUGGAGCUGCUCUGCCACCCUGCGCUCCUUCCGCCAGCUCCGCAAGUCAGAAGCAAUUUCCCUCCAGAUAGCAUGUGUGGCAGCCCAGAGGGCUAAGCCCUGCCAAGGGCAGCGGGCCAAAGCGUCCCUCUGCCAGGUGGUGGCACUGACACUGAUGACAGCUGAUGGGGUCAUUCUGGAGUGCUCCGAGUCCAGCCACCCAGAGUUCCAGGCAACGCGGGUGCACCUGGAGAGAGACUAUGGCUCCCAGCACUGUCCCACUGGCUGGAGCGACCCAGGGAAGUUCCUGGGGCUGUGCCCCUCACGCUCCUCUGUGACUCAUGUCACCCUCCAAGGAAACACUCACGGUCUCUCUCCUUUCCUCUUGCUGGACCAGGUCCUCGACAACCUUGACAGCCAUCUGAAGAAGUUCAAGUACUUCUGCUUCCUGUGGUUCCCACACAGCGAGAACGUCAGUGUCAUCUACCAGGACCGCACCAACAAGGCCCCCUCCUCUUCAGCCAGCUGGUUUUGGGACUAUGCCAUCGGGUUCUACCUACUGGAAUUCCUGCCCCGGCCCCACACCUUCCUGCCGUGCCUCAUGGGUUGGAUCAAUUGCUUCUUCUUCUGGCUGCUGUUCAACUGCAAGAAGGAGAACUGUGACUUCAGCCACAAGAUCUUCAGCUAUGAGUGCCGCUUCAAGCAGCACGUCCAGGACUGGGCCAUCCCCAGAGAGAAGACCAAGGAGGCCCUGCUGGAGCUGAAGAGCAUGCUGGAAGCUCACCCCAAGGUGGCAGCCCACUACCCUGUGGGGGUGCGCUUCACCCGGGGGGACGACAUCCUGCUGAGCCCCUCCUUCCAGAGGGACAGCUGCUACAUGAACAUCUGCAUAUACAGGCCCUACGGCAAGGACGUGCCUCAGCUUAACUACUGGCUAACCUGUGAGACCAUCAUGAAGAAGUUCCAGGGAAGACCCCAUUGGGCCAAAGCCCACAACUGCACCUGGAAGGACUUUGAGAAAAUGUACUCUGCCUUUCCCACGUUUUGCACCAUCCGUGAAAAGCUGAACCUCACUGGAAUGUUCCUAAAUUCCUACCUGGAGAAAGUGUUCUACUGAGACAGGAGGGCCCAGGAGCAGGGCCCGCCUCCCUGAGGGUGGAGGCCCAGGAGGCAACACCCCCUCUCAACUCCAUGGCAUGAGCUGGGCUGGAUCAGGGCCUGUCCUCCCCUCCUUGUCCUCACAGCACCCAUUCCUCUGUGGUGUCCCCAUGUCGUCCCCUCCCUUCCCUGCACCUCCAGUCACCACACCCAGUUUCUCAGGAGAAAAGGGAGCCCUAAAGCCAUGCUGUGGAUCUCACAGGUCAGGAGCCCUGAAACUCACAGGUUCAGCCCAUUGACAAGGGAAUGUCCUCGACUUCCAGGGUUGCAGCGCGACUUCCAGGGUUCUCUCUUUAGUCCUCUCCAGACACGGCCCUUGGAGGUGCUUGGGCACAGCAGGGGUGUGGACCCUUGUCGGUGUCGCUCCCGGCCUGCAGGAAGAACAUGCGACAGAUUCUGACGGUGUGCAAUCUUGCCUUUAUUUGUCUCCGCGUGGGCCCCGCGAGGCCUCCGCUCUGCCACCAGCCCUUUCUCGCCGGUGGACUUUCUCUAUCUCUCUCUGUGCUUCCUCCUCGUGGCGGGAGAGGCAUUCACUUUUAUAGGGUAACAGUGGCCAAUCAGUUCAAAGCGCGCGAUGCGGGCUGACUGGCUAACAUCAGUUGUUGCUAGGCAGACUAUCUUACAGAGCGGGUUGUUUAAGUCGCCAGGGCAAUCAGGGGGCAGGAAGCAGGCGCCAACUUGGCUCACUCGAUGGGAGGGGUAACUUAGCUCAGGCUUUGCUCUUUUCUACAGGCCUCACGUCCGCCAAGUAAAGUGACCGGUGUCGGCCGCGGCUCCCAACAGACCCUGCCUGCUGUCUUUCAUGACGAGGAUCUUCACAUGCUCUGUGGGUGCCCACUGCCCAGGGGUACCCACUCUAAUGUAGUGCAAGGUCAGGAAAGUAGGGGCACCAACUAAGUAAAACAAGCCACCGUCUGGCCUUUGCCGCCACCUCAGGACACAUCACUCCUCCACUCUUCUCAAUAAAAACCCAAAGUAAGAGGCUCACCUCACUUCCAGUGACCCUUAUCUCACCUCUGGUGACCCUCGCUUCACUUCCGGUGUGCCUCCCCCGACCCUGCCACCUCCAGAGCAAUGCUUUGGGUGUGAAGACUGCCUACUUCCCUCUUGGAAAAUGUUCUUCACGGUCCUUUAUAAAUUUAGUUUCAGCUUGCCUCUGACUGCGUUCAACAUUCCUCAAAGAUCUGCUAUGCAUCAAGUGUUGUGAGGGCAUUAAAAGAUCCUUAAGCUAUCUUUCUGCCCUCAAGAAAUUUUUAUUCUAAUUGUAACUCAUAGGAUUACAAAUAUCUUCGAGAUAUACUAACCACCAGUAAAUAUUGGAAAAGAUGAUCAGCACCACUAUUUGUUAAGGAAAUGCAAAAAAGCCACGAGAUCCCACUUCGCACUCAUUAGGAUCAGUAGGAAUGGCAAAAAGUUCAAAAGUAGAAAAUAGCAAGUGUUGGUGAGGAUGUGGAGAGACUGGAACAACUGAGCAUUGCUGGUGAGAAUGCAAAAUGCUCUGACUGCUGCGGGAAUGGCCUGUUCCCCAAAGCAGGGGCAGCACAUUAGAGAUAUGUCCAUGCACAUGUUCAUAGCUGCGUUCUUCAUAGUAGCCAAAAUGUGGUCUGUACAUGCAAUGGAAUAUUAGCCUUAGAAAAGAAGAGAAUUUGGACACAUUCCACAAAAUGGAUAAAUUCUUUCAAUACUGGAUGAAGUAAAAGAAGCUAUUCAUAAAAGAACAAAUAUCCUAUGAUUGCAUUUAAAUGAGGUGCCUGGAGCAGUCAGAUUCAUGAAGACAGUAGAACGGGGGUUCUCGUGAGCAGGAGUUGUAAGUGCUAGAAGUUAGUGUUAAUGGAUGCAGAGUUUGAGCUGAGAAGAAGAAAAAGUUCUGCAAAUGGGUGGUGACAACGGCUGUACAACAAUGUGAAAGUCCUUUGUGUCACUGAAUCAUACCCUUUAUGACGAUUAAAGUGGUAAAUUGUAUAGUCUGUGUUUUUAACCCUGAUAAAAAUAAUGAAAAUUUC